AUGGUUAUAGGCUGUGACAAGGACACACACAACUUUAGAGUAACACCCAAGCACAUUGUCAAAGACAAGAAAUCAGGAAGGACACCAGGAUUUGGGGAGAAACUUCAGGAUCUUAGAUGUUUAAAGUCAGUCUCUGACAGCAAAAUGGGAACUGGUCAACAUGUAAGUCUUCAAGAAGACAACACAAUUCUGCUUCUGGAGGGGAGGGCUGGUGUUGAUGAGGUGGUAAUGUGCGGGAGAGUAAUGACUUCGCACCCCUGCUCUGAACCACAUAGAGAAAUGGCUGUUUCCACUAAAAGAACAAUCAAGAAUGGAAAAGCAGUUCACAGGUUCUGCCUCCUACAUGUAUGA